AUGCCUGUAACUAAACAGCCGGAUUUGCGUGAAUGGGAGGACGGCCUUUUUGAUUGCACAAACGACGUCAAGAAUUGUAAGUAUUUCAUGCAAAUAUUAACAGUUCUCUGGAUUCUGUUCAUCUGGGCCUCACAUAUUUUGCUCAGCAUUUCUCAGCAUUCAUUUGUUCAGUUCACUGCAAAAGAACAGUGGAGAUUUUUUAAAUAUUUUAACCGAAGUCUUCAACAAAUUCUCCCAAAUAUCCCUAAACGAGAAUUCUUGGAAUUACAUCUAACCAGAGCGUCGACUUUGGCAGUUUAUGAAGUUCGCUAUGUUCGCAACGCCGAUACGUAUGGCUGUUAUCCUCAUACGGUUGCAACUAACUAGAAUAAACAACGAAUCCAACCCAUAAAGUCUAAAUGAAUUAUGGCGGAUUCGGCAUAGGAUAAUGAACCGGAGUGAAUGAACUGACGCCUCGAUUUGGAAGUCGUUGUGAUUUCAUCGACGAAAUAGUUAGACUCUAUUCGAACUAUGAAGUUCAUCGUAAAGCACUUUGGUUGGAAAUUGGCCAGUGUCCGCACAUAUCAAAAUGCUGGGUUUGGAUCAGGCAUAGGGUUUGUGGCGAGUUAAGUUGUGGAUUUGGGGUUAGCCGUAGGUCUACAAUAAAGUCAAGGACUGAGUUUGCUUUUGAGGUUACGAUUGGGAUUACCGUUAGGUUUGAGGUAUUGCUGCCCCGUGCGUCCUGUAAGCUAGGACUGUCGUGGGAUUCUAGACUUUCUUUAUUUUCGCGGGAGGUUUGUCAUACAUUUGGUGUCCGAUCUCAUUAAAUGAUGGCUGAACUCCUGACAUACGUUUUCGAUUAGGAAGGAUUAUUUGGUCGGGGUUGUAAAACUGACUAUCUUGCGGCAUAAUUUUAUAACAUUUCGGACUCUGCAGGAUGUCAGCUUUUGAAUACACUACUUGUCAAACUCCUGUAUAAACCGUGCUCGGUAAAAAUGACUACUUAAGGUGCAUGCAUUAUGGCCAUUGAUUUUAGAUGGUCUUGCAAAUUCAAAUAUAUCUGAUGGAAACAAUAAACAAAGAUAUGUGUUCGUUUAGUCAUUAGGUAGAGAAUUACGUCUUCUUUAUAUAUGAUACUCAAGAAAGAAGUAUAAGUUGGGUUAAAAAAGUUUCUUAUUAUAAGAUUUCUUAAGACCUCACAAUGUCCAUUCCCAUAGCAUCGUACCUCGUCGUUUACCAAAGCUCCUCAUGGAAUGUACAACGUAGUCUGCAUCCAUUGAAAACUUUUUUGGAUUCUGUACAAUAUCGCUUUAAUGGCACAGAAUAAUAUAUGAUUUGCUUUACGCAGAACGCAUACACCUUGUACAAUGGAAUCACUAAGCGCUAAUGCAACAAAUGAUAAGUCUCCAUAUUAUACGGUAAUUGGAAAACUUUUUAAAACCUAAUUAUAAUCCUUCCUGGAGUAUAAUAUAUAAAGAAGACGUAAUUCUCUACCUAACGACUAAACGAACACAUAUCUUUGUUUAUUGUUUCCAUCAGAUAUAUUUGAAUUUGCAAGACCAUCGAAAAUCAAUGGCCAUAAUGCAUGCACCUUAAGUAGUCAUUUUUACCGAGCAUGGUUUAUACAGGAGUUUGAGAAGUAGUGUAUUCAAAAGCUGACAUCCUGCAGAGUCCGAAAUGUUAUAAGAUUAUGCCGCAAGAUAGUCAGUUUUACAACCCCGACCAAAUAAUCUUUCUUAAUCGAAAACGUAUGUCAGGAUUUCAGCCAUCAUUUAAUGAGAUCGGUCUCUCACUGUAUAUCAGAUUGCCUUUUCAGCAUCGAAUAUCUUCCCCAUUAACGAUUUCCGCAUUUCGCCUCCGUCUUACUUUACUUUUCAUGUCCAAAUUGCUCCUACACUUGGGAACAGGGCAGUGUGACUGCUUUAAGCAGAAACUUUAACGAAUUCUCCCAAGUACCUUGCGCCAGAAAUCCAAGAAAAUGCAUCUCGCCUGGGCGUUAAGUGUAAAUGUGCAUGUUUCCGACGUCACUAUGGUGCUUACAAUUCUCCUACGGUACCAGCUGCUUUGAAUAAAUACCAUCUCCAGUCCAUAAAAUCGAACUGAAAUAUGAAUAAUUUAACAUAAGACAAAGAAAUAAGGAUCGAAUCUACGAAGAUGACCCCCUUUAAUCUAAAAGUCCUUUUAUUUCAUCGUUCAAAUACUCUACUUGUGGUGAAGACUUGAGGCUCCCUGAAACAUCUCCAGCUAUGUUUAGUCAGAAACUGAUCAAUGUCUGCGAAUUGCAUCUUCUUCUACUUCUAUCCGUUUUAGGCAUGCUGACUGCCUUCUGCUGUCCCUGCAUGGUCUGCUAUGAAUAUAAGCUGCAAGAUGAGGGUUGUGCAGCUCCGCUGUGUGUACUGCACCCAGUCCUCGUGCUGGCUUCGCAUUAUCGCGGCAAACAAAAUAUCGAGGUAUGCUUACUCCCUGUUUCUUUGGCCAAUUCUUUGUCGCAGCAAUCAGAUGUCAUUUAAAUUGGUUUUCAGCAAUGGCUCAGCAUAAUUUAUAUGACUCUGGCAUAGGGAAGAAUUCUAUGAUUCAAACUAACUCUCGAGUUGUGGGAUUUUAACCUCGAAAUAGGCCAAAUCCUGGACGAAUUUAUCAGUUUUUUUAUUAAUUUACAUGCGUCGAUUUUUUAAUGGCUGUCCUACACGUCUGCCCAGGUUUAUUUAUACAAUUGCACAGCCAUCUGUUUAGCUCCAUUUAUCCGAUAUUUUUGGUGAUUAUUUUUUUUGAAAUAAUCUCGGUUUUGUUUCCUUUGCAUUAUACGCAGGUGACAUUUCCAUGAUUUAGGUAAACCAUCGUUAAUGCGAUUUUAGUAUUAAAAUUGACCAUCUCUUGUAUGACUUUACUAGUUACGUUAAGAAUAAAUGUGUCCACGAUGCAGAGCGAUAGUUAACUGGAUGGCUUAUUGCCUUAAUCAAUUCCUGCACGUCAGUCCUGCACAUCGACACGGGAACGACCCACUAUCAAAUAUGCUGCCACGCAAGCUAAAAAGAAAAUAAAUAAAAUGUGACAUUACGUGGAUAUUUCGGCGGACAAUGUUAAGCAAAAUGGGGAUCAGAAAGAGAGCAAUAACAGAAAAUGUGACGGCUCUUGUAUAUAAGAGUCCAAAGUUGAUUGAACCUCUGUCCACAGUCAAUGGUAAUAAGCAAAUACCCGACUAUGCGACAAACAGAUUCCGUCAGCACUGACUGUCCGACUGCUCUAAUCAGCUGCCUGUUUAAGUGCAUAAAAUUUAUGUCGGCAAAUGCUUUCUUAAAAUAACCGAAAAGCGAUUUUCAUGAUCUGUUACGUCCCUGUGAUGGCAUCUCUUUCAAGAUAUCAGCCAGGUUAUACCUGGAUUCUCACUUCGCGUCAAUUUCUAUUACCAUAAGAGAGUGAAUUACGGGCACCGUGGACCAAGUAUCAGUCCGUGGAUCAAGACGCUAUAAAACACUGACGCUCUCAAUGGCAGCCGGGUUUCAUGCUCAAACUUGUAUGCAUCUAAAUUAUGUCUUGACGAAAAAGGAAUAAAAUUGGCGGUAGGCAUUUUAUAGGGUUAUUGAUCUCCCUGCUUAUUCCAAGGGCACGGCUUAUGCAUAUCCCUUGCUCGAUUGUGUGGGUUUCCUGUGGAAAGUGUGUUUUCUACUAAACUAAAUACCCUCAGCAGAGUCUUGAAAACUGUCAGUAUACUCGUGACCACGAAAGUCAGGAUAUUGCUCUAUCCUACGAAGAUGUAUGUGAAUAUCUACGAAAUUCGACAUAAAGUAUCCAGUCGCAGAUGAACGUCCACGUCACUGGUGUCUCUGGCGUUCAUCUGAACAUGUUCCGUUACUGAUGACAAGAGGUGAUUGACAGCAGCCUACCUGUUGCUGGCCGGUAGCCAGCACUGUGAUGAUCGGCGUCCUAUUUAAACGCCUCUCUGCACCACCGGGCUCAUUAGACUUCUCUGCGAGCGCUUCCAGUCUGCUCGCUGACAGUCUAAACAAAUUGCAAAGAAGACACUUGCUCCUUCAAAUCUCUUUGAGCCAAUCACAUUCUCCUUCUCUCUCGGACAUGAUGUAACACAGCCAAUACACGUCUUGGCUUGCUAAUCGAAACAUACCCACAACCCAAGCCGCCACCUUCUGCAAGUCAUGUGAAGUAUCUGCCUACUCUCAGAGAAAAUCCUGUUAAAGUGCAUAUUUGCAGGGAGAAAUUUUCGUCAACAUAAUAUAAGAGCCUACGAGAGAGCACGCCACAGCUCUUUCCUCACGCCCGGCCUCAGUGCAACCGUGUCCCAAUAUAGCCUUUGCGACUCUUUUCCGGGGCCUUUAGCGUGAGCCAAGCUGACGACCCCGUUCACUUAAAGCCUGUUACCAUUGACGGCGCCGUUUGGUACUCAUGUCUGUUCCGUUCAUUUAUCUGAUAUUUUCGGUGAUUUGUUUUUGUUUCUCUGAAAUAAUCACUGGAUUUGUUUUCUUUGCCCGACACACACACAGGGAAGUCUCAUAAAGGACUGCUGUGUCAGCACCUUCUGCAUGCACUGCAAGCUCUGUCAGAUACACCGAGAUUUUGAGGCCAACUAAUGCGGACGGACAAAGACGGCUGGCAUCGCCUCUUCCUCUAUCUUUACAGUUUAUAUAUCUGGUCUAUCAGAUGUCCAGUUCGUGUCAGUACACAUGUUCGCAUUAAAAUUUCGACCUUGUGCCCAGGAAUUUUGGCCUUGUUUCUGUCUCCUCCAAAAACGCACUCGUGACAAUGGGUUGUUUUCGGUUUCUCAAACAAUAAUCAACCUGAGAAGGAAACUUUAUCUAGUUUCCGAUAGAGCCAAAUGUUUUUGCUUGCUGAUUGAUAAUCAGUACACUAUUGGGUCCCACAUAAUUGCUAACACAACGAUUUCCAGUGUGCUAAGACUCGAACUUUAGAUUUUAGUGCUGACGGUCGGAGAAGUUUGAUGCACAUAUAGUUGACGUUGCUUGACUGCAUGUCUUGAGCCUUGAGCUAGAAUGAAGCAGACGAACGACAAAAUAAACUACAAACAAAUGAACACUUGUAUAUGGGGGAGGGCGGUGGAAAUAUAAUUUUUGUGAAGGCUGGAGACAAUGAGUCUGACUAGAGCUUGCUGCGAGGUCUCAGUUAAAUCGCCAGUUGACAAAAGUCUAAGUCACGAUCUUGUAGUGAAUAGCAUCCAUUGAGAUCCUACCCCGUUCUUUAUACCCCUUUCCCGCAUCAGUCAGCUAUCCGAGGCUUUUUAGCAUAAAACACCACACAGAUUUACUUUGAAAUCAAUAAAACGUAAGCCAAUCCAUAAUAGCCACCUCAUUAUCAUCCUGUUACGACAAAUUUGCAUGGGUCAAAAAACUAUCUUCGAGUGGAAGAAAGUUAGAUACGCAUUAUUCGCCUGACAAAAGCAAAUCUCCAUCACUUUCUGAUGAUAGGAUGGGACAGGAAUUAGAAAAGUCAGGCAAAUAAAACGCUCGAUCCAGCAAUCCUGUCUCCAUUUUCAAGACUAGUUUCUGGGAUUCAUCUCAUCAGAUUAGAUUAGGCCCGUAUCCUUAAAUUUACCGAUUAUAUAGCGUCUAAUCUUCAGGAAUAGUGGAUAGAAGACAAACAAUUUCUGAAUUUCCUUAGUAUAGCCUUGGGUUUGCAAGUUAGUCAGAAGCCGAUUUGACGAACGUGCCUCAAACAUGCCAACUUUGACGCGCCGAAUUGCAGUAUAAAAUAGCGAAAUACAAAAUGGUAUGCUAUGGAGGACUCCUCCACAGCGCCUGCUUUAAAAGCCCUAAAACAUGGUAUGCUACCGACAAAUAUUCAUGCACAAUAUGCGUUUUUAGAUUGGAGGCAAAAGAUAUUUUGGGUAGUUUGAACAUAAAAUUCACACCUCCACCAGACACUUGGACUGUGUGUGUAUAUGCAGGCCUCAUCCAACGACUGUGAAGAAAAAGCAGAUGAAUCACCAGACAUAAUGAAAUAUUGCCUAAAAUAUCACAAUUCUGUCGGUUUUCUUUCGACAUUUCAGAUUAUCAGGAACGAUACCGCACAUAAUCAUAUAAACUGAGAUGCACAAGUGAACAUUUAAAGUUACUAAGGGGAAUAUUUGAGGUUAAGGGUUUUCAAGUUAGCCACUUUUACAAGCACGCCUCAAACAUGCGAAAAUGAUGCGCUGAAUAGCAGUAUAGUCUAUCAUAACGCUAAAAAUGGCUUGUUGAAGAGGUUUUCGCUUUCCCUUCGAUAAAUACUUCCAUGCUUACCCUAUAACCUCCUCACUAUAUAUGUCAAUAUAAUUGUUAAAAAGAAAUAAGCCUCAAAAGAUAAAAGUCCAUCUUUUAAAGUAUUGGCAGUAUGCCGAACGCAGUGUUGAAUAUGGGAGUGUCAGGCAAUCAGUGCAGAUUGACGGGGCGCAAGUAGAAAUUUCUCUGAAUCUACAUACUAUCCCAUGGGAGAAAAAAGGAGACCAGCAGUGGUGUCUUGAAUCAGCCAUGCUUAGAUGUUGUGAACUUCGGUUUGUUUCAGUAAUUCUGCGAUUAGAAUCUCAUCAUGGGAAAUCGGCUCAGGAUUCUCUGAUAUCUGAUGCUUCUGUCCACGUGAUGUUGCUUGAAAAAGAGCCUUUUUGAGGCCUACUGGCAAUCUCUUGUCUAAACACACAGUUUUUCCGUGAUUUAGGCAUUAAUCGCAAAUUAACGUAGAAACAACAACCAUCAAAUGUCCAUUUCAUAUUUGAGUCUACGGUGAGAUAAUAUUGUGUGGCGCAUUAUCUGCUGAUGUGCAAAUUUGGAGAGAGAAAGACAAAUAAAUUUGAAUAAAAUGCAAGUUUAGUGGAAAAUAAAUUUUAUUCAGUCGGAAUUGUAUAACAUUAGUCUAAAGUGAGCAAAGAUAGCAAAAAAUCUCCCCAACAUUAAUUCCAGACCUGAGAUAGUGCGUUAAAUCAUCAUCAUUGUUUCCUAUAAAAAUAUUUUUACAAUUUCCUCCAAGAAGUCUCAGGAUUCCUCUAAUAAAAAAUUUAUUUUAAAGAGGACACAAUUUCAACUCCUGUAUUGCCUAACAUGUGAAAAACAAAAAUCGAUAUUUAACUGGGUGACAGUAAGAUCCGCAAGCAGAUGACGUUCAGAUUAUUAUUUACUUCUGACUGAUCAAUCCGCCCUGAGUGCCUGUAAUACACACAUUCAUAUGUAUACUAGCAGUAUUUAAAAGACAGUGCCUCAUUUUCCGAGGAAAGAGAAUGACUCAUCGGCAGGAAAGGGAGAGGACCUAUCAUGAAAACAGUUGUCGGAGUCGACGAGGACACGUCUCCAGGAUGAGUAUUUACGGACACCGCUAGGACAUAUUGACAAACUGUGAAUCUACGCUUUGCAAAAUAUAUGUUAGAUAAGUAAUCAACAUUCUGGCCAACCCAAAAGACACUCGAUAUAUUAAGCAAGCAUUCCUUCCCUCCCGAUAUGCUAAUCAAUAUUAUUUUUCCCCAAAAGUGUUACCGGACAUUUUUAACGAUGCUACUGGCAAUGCCUUUUUGUCUUCAUAAAUGAAGAUGUGCAGGAGAAGAAAUCAGGACAGCAUGAAACGAAGACCUAUCUUCAAAAUCAAUUUCACAGCUUAUUUUAUCGAAUACGUUGCAUGCAUAACCGCACAGACCGCAAAUCAAGUAUUAUCUCCAAAGUAUAAGAGGUCGUGUGAACGCAGGAAUCUAAAAGCGUCGUCUCGGACUGCCAAUAGGCUGCAAACAAACAAUCAUUCGGGAGACUCGACGAACAGAUGUUGUAAUCCAGUUGCGUAGUCUAGCUGAGUUACAGAUAGACUUUACCGCGAUCAGGGCAUGGAUGGAGCUCGUGUUAGGGCUGUUGAGUUCUGUCGGUCAGCGGAUGACUGACUGGUUUGGACAGUGAACUGGUGCAUGGGAAAUGGGAGAGGGAGACUGAUAUCGACGCUGGGAAUCGAAUUUGCGCUCAUACUUCAACGGCUUCCUUAUUUAAUAAAAGUGUGACACAUUAUAAAUAAGAUCCGUUCUCUUUAAGCACAAAUUGGCGUUCGUAUGAAUGCUUCUUCUGAUUUUCUUCACUUUUCUUAGUCACUGACCGAUCUGCUUCUACUCAAGCCUGGGCCCAAGUGUUCUCUUGCCGUAUCUAUAAGUGGAAUUAUAAGACAUCAUCUGUCCAUCAUGUGAAUGCAUUUCAAACAUUUGAGAAUAAGAAGCACUAUAGCAGGCUCUCUUAAAACCGUCUGGAAUUAUCUACGUAUUUCACUAUCACAGUCGACGGGAAGAAAUCGACAUCUUAUUUCCUCCUGUUUUGAUCACGUUUGGCUAAAAUCAAAUCAGCAUACAUAUCCGAGAGAGCAAUAUGCACUUUGUAUUGUGUUUCCAUUUUAUUUCACCCGUAGUUUAGAAGGAUCUGAGGUUGUACUUGUGUUGCACGUGCUGUAGAAACUAAUACAUCGGUGGGGAUAUCAUAUCUAAAAUAAAUUACCUCGAAGUAAAGCAUGCAUGAAUUGAAGCUUAAUGGGCACUAUCAAUGAACUUCGAAACCUACUUAAUUAACCUUUUCGAAAACGUAUUUCAUGAGUCAGACCACCUGCAGUAAAUAAACCCUUCCUCAUCUUUAGUGACUCUUUAACGGAGACAUGGUUCCCACUCCUGCUUAAAACGUACAACUAUCAGUCUGAGGAAAGCCGUGAUUUGUUGUUUGUCGAAAGUUGGCGCUGGACUGGAAGUCCUUGUCUACUGACCUGUCCUAUCUAUUGAGGAUGUUGCUUAGCGGUUGACAUUGACGGUUUUCAUUUUCUUGCUAAUUCUUCCAUGUUGUUAGACCAGUCUGCCGGAGCGCCCUCCGCUAAAAUGCUCAUUAUCCGGCUCCACUGGCCUUUCCAGACCAUGCAAAUCGGAGAGGUCGAAAUCACCUGAUCGGAGAUCUGCCAACUAA